CAUAAGCGUACUCACACAAAAGAAAAACCUUUCCAGUGUACAGUGUGUACUAAAACGUUCUCCUUGUCUGGUAAUUUAACCAUUCAUAUGCGUAUUCACACCAAAGAGAAGCCUUUUCAGUGUACAGUCUGUACAAAAAGGUUCUCCAUUUCUGGUAAUUUGUCUGUUCAUAUGCAUACUCACACAAAAGAGAAGCCUUUCCAGUGUACAGUGUGUGCAAAAAUGUUCUCAAGUCAGCAAGUUUGACUUGGCAUAUGCAUACCCACACAGUUUAAAUAAAUCAAUUUCUUCUCUACUGGUGUGUGUUACCUGUGUUAUAUUAUGUUCCUAAAAAUAUUCAAAUUUAUUUAUCCUUAAUGAAAAUUACAAAGUUUAAAACUUAGUAUAAAAUACAUUACUUGAACUAAUACAUUUCAAGCCUUUUUUUUUCAAUUAUCAAUGUUACUUCAUAAUACUAGUUAUCUCAUUUAUACUAGUUACUAAUACUAACUCGUAGAUCAUAAUUUAUACAUUAUAUAGUUUAAUAAUAGUGUAUCAUGGUGAUUGGAAAGUAAAGAAUGUCUCAGUUGAGUUUCAUUGUCAAAUUCAUUGACCUAAUAGAUCAAAUUUUGUUAGCUUCUUGAGUUCAGCUUGUUCUUGCAUCUAUUCUUCCCUCGGCCUGCUUAUGCAUCUUUUACUUUUUAGCUUAAGUAAUCCAGUUCCCAAUCCAAGACUAUUUUGAUAAUGACAUAUUUAAUAGUGAAGUCCCCAGGCCACGGUACAAACGGGCAAGUUUGGUGAUGGGGCACUGCACUGGGUUAUCUUCCUCAACUCAUCUGCCUCUAUAUGUUUUUGAAAAAUAUAAUAUCAGAAACAUUUUAUACAAUAUACUUCAAACUCCGGCACAUUAUUCCUUUAUUUUCAUACAGAUUGUAAUAUUUAUCAUUAUAUUCAUCAGAUUUUUAUGCUCUCUUAUAUGCUUAGUAAGUUUUCAUCUAUGUGUUAUGAAUAUUAUGUAAUAUUUCCCUACAAUAUAUUUGAAUACUAUGUAUUGAGAUAAACUCACAAUCAUUUUAUUAGUAAUGUUGUAUGAAUUGAUUGUUACUAAACAACUUUUUACAAACUGGGUACUGAGUGAUUGAGUAAGGGGAUUUUAAUGAUGUUGCCAACCCUAUUAAAGAAAGUGUAGUUUUGGCCUAUGCCAGAAAAGCACUAAGGACUGUUGAUUGAUAAAUGUUCCUAUAAUUGGCAGGCUUUAAUAAGAUGAAACUGAGCUUUUUGGUUUUAAAU